UGUUUUUUUACAAAAAGGUUUCAAUAAUAAUAUCACACGGACGUAAACAAUAAAUAUGAAUUUAAUUAUUUCUAUUCUUCUCAUAUUAAGCCCGAUAUUACUCUUAACGGCUCAACACCUAAGUGCAAAUGAGAAAGGAUAUUAUAUCUCCAAGGAUAAGCAAGAUUUUCUCGGAGCCCUUACCUUAUGCAAAACUUACGGUUUGGAACUGGUCAGUCUACGUACUCCAGAAGACGAAGCGGAAUUAGACUAUGCUCUUAAUGAAUUCAAUGCUUCCACGGAAGUUGGUUACUGGUUGGCGGGUACCAAGCUAAAAACUGGCGAUUGGUACUGGGUCACAACGGGUAACAUGGUUUUGUAUACAAACUGGGGCGAUGGGCAACCGGACAAUUCUGGAGGUUACGAAAAUUGCCUUGAACUUGGAAAUUUUAAUCAAUAUCGGCAGCCAAGAAAAUGGAAUGAUUUGAAUUGUACAAUCGAAUUGAAUUUCAUUUGUAAACAACCUUAAUUCUUGUAAUAAAAAC